UUAAAAGCAACUAAAGACAGAGGAGACCAAAAAUAAGCAACCAAGAAACUUAUAGACACUGAGGCAGACCAAUAAUAAUGUCUAAAAAUAAGUUGAACUCAAUCUUUCUUUCGCCCUAUCUUAUCUUUUGUUACUAAACCUAUUCAUUCAACAAAAUCUUAAAGAUAGAACAAAAGAUGGAUUCAGGACUAUCUUGGGCUGAUCAAUGGGAUUACAACUCUGACCCUCCUUCAAAUUCAAAUAAAGAAGACGAUAAGAAGAAGAAAAACAAGAAGGAAGAUGGAAGCAAAAGCAGUUUGGGGAAGGCCAUACUUGGCUUCAAAUGGGUCAAGGAACUUCGCAAGAAAUCUGAUAAUAAAUUACAUGUUUCUCAAGAUGAAAAGACAUUCACACUUGGGCUUGAAGAGGCAUAG